GACCAGCCACUACGCAUGGCUAAGUGUCUCCCCGUUUUGUACUUAUAGUGGUGCAAGCAAAAAUUUGUGUACUUUGUGGCAAGACAUAUCAAGAACCUUUUGUUUUCAGAUCAUCUCAUUAUUUUUGUACUUAAUGUACUGAAAGAAACGACAAACGUUCCGAAAAGAAAAAUGCGGCUGAGGAUGUGCAUCUCGUGGAGCAGAAGCUGGAGGCAGGCGACUGUCUGCGCGUCGCUGGGCCUGGUGCUGUUCGUCGUCGUGCACCUGAUCGCCCCGCGCUGGCAGGACGAGGUGGAGAUCGCCGGCCGCACGCACUGGCACCCGCCCUCGGAGCCGCUGCAGAGGGAGGUCAAAGGGCAAAGCACGCGCGACUUGGAACAGAGUAUCCUCGCGAAAGCACUGAAGGAAGGCGUCGCCGAGGAUGAGCAAGCAGGAUCGCUGGGGCCGAAGGAGAGGAACGAGAACCUGCAGCGCCGCAUUCAGGAGACGUGCAAGACUCUCAACAUCACCUUGCCCAUCACGCAGAACGUGCUCAGCCACAUGCAUUUCGACCACAAACGCAAACUCAUUUAUUGCUAUGUGCCGAAGGUGGCGUGCACCAGCUGGAAGAGGGUCUGGAUGAAGAUGAUUGGGAAGGUCUCACCUGAUAAGGACCUGAGCACGAUCGGCAGGUACGCCGUGCACACCUCCGUCCCCAACAUGGCCUCUCAGAAGGGAAUGGUCGAUGAGGCGCUGGCGACUUACAAGAAGUUCCUUUUCGUCAGACAUCCGUUCGACCGUGUUUUGUCGGCCUUCAAGGAUAAGCUCGAGAGUGCUGAUAAGUCUAGUGCCUACAACUUCCAUAAGGAGAUCGGAGCAAAGAUACAGCAGAAGUACAGAAGCGCGGGAGCCUCUCCCGAAGGCGACAACACGACUUUCUCCGAGUUCAUCCGCUUCAUCUCAGAGCCCGGCCACGGCACCUUCGAGCAGAGGAACGAGCACUGGCUGUCCGUGCACGAGCUAUGCAACCCGUGCGCCGUCAAGUACGAUUUCGUGGGCAAAUACGAGAGCCUCAAGGAGGACGCCAAUUACGUGCUGGACUGGUUGGGUGUCACGGACCUGGUGAAGAGUUUCCCCGCUUCCGAUCGGCCGUUCUACGCGCGCCGCUACGACCCCAAGUACUUCAACCAGCUCAGCCACAGCGACAAGAUGGCCUUCUUCACCAAGUACCUCGCGGAUUUUGUGGCCUUCGGUUAUGACUUCGUCUGACCCAAGAGCAUUGCAUUUGUAUUUGUAACAAAUUAGUCAAAAGAUAAAAAAUAAGUGUGUGUGUACUUAAUUAGUUUAGAUACAAGAGAGAGAACUGAGCUCAGAAGAACCAGUCUGCUAUAUUUUGAACAGAUGUAUAUUUCUGAUACAUACAAUAUUUCCUGGAAGGUUGCUCCUCAAUUUAAUAGUUUCAUUUAGCAAACUUUUCCUUUUCUUUUUUGUAUCCUGAGCUCCACUCUUUGUGUGUGAUUCCGUGGAGAAUAGUCAGUCCCGCCUUUUUCCUCUCUCCUUGUGUUUUAUUUAUUUUCUGGAGUCUUUAGUCCAAGCCUUCAAAGGAAGUGCCCGUCCAAUGGGCUGCUUUCUCCACAGCAGUCCUCUAGAGUAAGCAUAUGAUAACUGUGAUGAUUUUCUCUACUAUAGUUUCACUUUACAAACUUGAUGGCCUCUUCAUAUCUGCGAUCAUCGAUAACUGAUUAUCUCUCUCUUUUGUGUGAACUUAUUGGUAUAGGUUCAUUUUAAUAUCUAUCCAAUCUUUUCGUUUCUUCGCUCGAUCAGUUGAAUACUGAUUGUACGACUUGCACUUGUGUAGAGGUCGGUUUUGACAUCGCCGUACCUGACUACAGUACAUUUAUGCGCGCGCGCGUGUGUGUGUGUGUGUGUGUGUGUGUGUGUGUGUGUGUGUGUGUGUGUGUGUGUGUGUGUUGUGUGUGUGUGUGUGUGUGUGUGUGUGUGUGUGUGUGUGUGUGUGUGUGUGUGUGUGUGUGUGUGUGUGUGUGUGUGCGCGCAUUUCCUUACCGUGCAUACUCGAUUCUGCAAAUAAUGAUAUGAAGAAUACCCUGCUAUUCUCAUGGUGUGAGUGAGAGAGAAAGUGCAAGAUACUAUAAUCCGGUGUGCCUUCUAGAUUUAAGUGAGCUAGUCAUUUUGUGUGUGACUAAAUAAGAGAUGUGCAUUAUUCAUAUGACUAUAGCAUUUGUACAUUUCAUUGAAAUCGUCGAACAGCUUUUGACGUGAUUUGUUUAAUAAAUGGAAUUCGACCAAA